UUUUUUUUUUUUUUUUUUGCCGCGACUCACUCAGAAGGUAACCCAGUUUAAGAAAACAUCCCGUUCCUCCGGUGUGAGUGGGGGACACAGUCGUUAUCCGUGAGACAGACGGGGGGACUGAACCCCGCGUUUCAUCUGUGCACGCUGCAGCAGCCUUCAUUUCAGACGGUGUCUCUGUCAGGUUUUUGCGUCCUGCGGUCGUUCUAAAUCGUGCUUAGUUAGACUGGGUGCAAACGUUGGGCUCUCAUCGUAUUUUGCGGUAGGUGCUGUUGCAGCGCUGCGCCAGUGCUUCUCCUUGGAGAGCCAGGCACUUUGACCAGACGCUGCUCGUCGGUGAUUAAUUGAGGGCUUGCCAAAUGUCAGCUUAGUCUGGUAAUUAAACUCAGAAUACAUGCAUGCAUGCUUGCAAAAAAAAAAAAAAAAAAAAAAAAAAAAAAAAAACAACAGAAAGAAAGAAAAAAAAAGAUUAAAACAGGUAUCUGCAUAGCGACUAUCAGAGGAAAGUCUGAACGGCUUGCAGGAGAGGCGACAAAAGGUCAAUGCUUUUCCGGUGAGUUAUGCAUUCUCUGUUCUUGCACACCUUUUGUGAUGUUUGCGUCAGGUAGCGGUGCCACCUGGCUGUUGACACAUGUGGUCAUAUUACUGAGAUUGUGUAACAACCAUGUAAGCCUGUCAAACUGUGCAGCAGCCGUACAGGUGUCUGCUCUCAGCCUUUAAUGCCUGAUAAUAACUAAUUUGUACCAGACAUUCCCUAUUUAGAACAAAGUGCACACCUGAAACCAGACAAACAAAAAAAGUCUAACUUCUGUAGGCAGUAUUUUUAAUCUGCGCUUUGGAAAUCACUCCUAAAAUGUCACAAAGGUAAUCCCAGAAAUUAAGUGAUGACCUUUACUGACAACCCCUUAAAAAAAUAAUAAGACUGUGAAAAAUAUUGCUUUCUCUGGAUCUCUGGAGAAGAUAGCCCCCUCACUCAGGAAUAAGAACACAGAGACACUGCCAAACGCCCACUCAGCAUAAGAGCAGAAGCCUUCCUUGAAUGGGGAACAACAGAAAAAAUCAGAGUGACCUAUUUACGUUUUACAGCUUAAUUCCAGAAAAAACAUGAUUCAGUGUCGGUAUUGUCUUUUUUUAUUUUUUAAGGGUUCCUGUGAAAUGUAUGCAGCCACAUAGCAGCAUACGCGUUUGCCCUCAGAGAAUGAUUCUGUGCAGCAGGAGAGUGAAGUGCUCAGUCCAGCAGGGUGAUAACAGAAUGGACCUCUUUUAAAUUCAUGUGGGUGGACAUGCAUCCAUUUGUGAAUGUUUUCUGGGAACAUGUCUUUCAUUGACCGGUUCCAGUGGAAACCGUCUCAGCCUGGUAACUGGGGGAUUGUGGAGUUGCUUCAACCAUCAGUAAAAUCUUUGUCAAAUUCUCUCCUGAAUCUUCCAGGUUGCAUUGAAGCAACUGUCUCAGCUGUCCCACUAAUGCUACCCCCUUGACAUACAAAAAUACCCCGAAAAGCAAGUUGGAAAUGGAUAAUACUGAGAUGAGUUUUAUUUCAAGCCUUCCACCGUGCCAUCAGCGCCUGAGAUGGUCACCCCGGCUGUUCAAUGAACACUAGUACCUUGUGACACUUGUGCACAUACAAUCUGAGAGCUGCCUGUGCUUCAUUACCUCGCUGGACCAUGAUGAUGCUGUGGCUUCUGCUGCUUUCGUCAGUUUGGGCGUGGUGUGAAGGAGCUGACCCCAGUGAACGCAGAGUCGUGGCUCACAUGCCUGGAGACAUCAUCAUUGGAGCUUUGUUCUCUGUCCAUCACCAGCCUCCUGCUGAUAAGGUUCAUGAGCGCAAGUGUGGCGCGGUUCGUGAGCAGUAUGGCAUCCAGAGGGUGGAGGCCAUGAUGCAUACAUUGGACCGGAUCAACGCCGACCAAAACAUCCUUCCCAACAUCACUCUGGGCUGCGAGAUCCGGGACUCGUGUUGGCACUCGGCUGUGGCUCUGGAGCAGAGCAUCGAGUUCAUACGGGAUUCUCUUGUGUCCUCCGAUGAGGCUGAGGAGUGGGGCGGUGUGACCUCGUGGGGAGGAGGAGGUGCAGGAGGAGGAGGAGGAGGAGCGACAAUGAAGUGUGCAGACCCAUCUGCUACUCCGAUGCGGGGAAAGAAACCCAUUGUGGGCUUAAUUGGACCGGGGUCGAGCUCUGUGGCCAUCCAGGUACAGAACCUGCUGCAGCUUUUCAACAUACCGCAGAUCGCCUACUCUGCCACCAGUAUGGACCUCAGUGAUAAGAGCCUUUAUAAAUAUUUUAUGCGAGUGGUCCCUUCAGAUGCUCAGCAAGCACGAGCCAUGGUGGACAUUGUCAAAAGAUACAACUGGAGCUACGUGUCUGCUAUCCACACUGAAGGGAACUAUGGUGAGAGUGGCAUGGAAGCAUUCAAAGACAUGGCGGCCAAGGAGGGCAUCUGUAUCGCCCACUCAGGUAAAAUCUGGAGCAACGCUGGAGAGCAGAGCUUUGAUCGUCUGCUGUUGAGACUGAAGGCACACCUGCCCAAGGCCAGAGUAGUGGCAUGUUUUUGUGAAGGCAUGACCGUUCGCAACAUUCUCAUGGCGAUGAAGCGCAAGAAAGUGGUGGGAGAGUUUCUUCUUGUCGGCAGCGAUGGAUGGGCAGACAGGUACGACGUGACAGAAGGCUAUGCCGAGGAAGCAGCCGGGGGUAUUACCAUCAAGCUGCAGUCAGCGGACGUGAAAUGGUUUGACGAUUACUACCUUAAGCUCCGUCCUGAAAACAACCACAGGAAUCCUUGGUUUCCGGAGUUCUGGCAGCAUCGGUUUCACUGCAGACUGAAAGGUCAUCCACAGGAGAGCAACAAGUACAACCGCACCUGUGAGAGAAGGGAUUCCCUGCAGACUCAUUACGCACAGGACACCAAGAUGGGAUUUGUCAUUAAUGCUAUUUACUCAAUGGCAUUCGGCCUGCAUAACAUGCAGCGUUCUCUAUGUCCAGGCUAUCAGGGCCUUUGUGAUGCUAUGCGGCCUAUAGAUGGUGCUACUCUGCUGGACUUCCUGAUGAAGACCAACUUCACUGGUGUGUCUGGGGAGGGAAUUUUAUUUGAUGAAAAUGGAGACUCACCUGGCAGGUAUGAAAUAAUGAAUUUCAAGAAGAUGGGGAGGGACUACUAUGACUACGUCAAUGUUGGUAGUUGGGACAACAGUGGACUGAAGAUAGCUGAUGAUGAAAUCUGGUCCAGCAAAGAUGCCAUCAUUAAAUCGGUCUGCAGUGAACCCUGUGACAAAGGGCAAAUUAAGGUGAUCCGCAAGGGUGAGGUGAGCUGCUGCUGGACGUGCACCCUGUGCAAAGAAAACGAGUUUGUGUUUGAUGAAUACACCUGUCAAGCCUGUAGUCUUGGCUCCUGGCCUAAUGAUGGCCUCACAGGCUGCGACCCGAUCCCUGUGGAGUACCUGCGAUGGGGGGAUCCAGAACCAAUAGCUGCUGUGGUGUUUGCUUGCCUCGGACUAAUGUCUACCUUCUUUGUCACUGCAGUUUUUAUCUAUUUUCGGGACACCCCUGUUGUGAAGUCCUCCAGCCGGGAGCUGUGCUACAUUAUACUAGCAGGGAUUUGCCUCGGAUAUCUGUGCACCUUCAGCCUCAUUGCAAAGCCCCACAUGAUCCACUGCUACCUCCAGCGACUAGGAAUCGGUCUGUCACCUGCCAUGAGUUACUCUGCACUUGUUACCAAGACGAACCGCAUUGCUCGGAUCCUGGCAGGGAGCAAAAAGAAGAUCUGUACAAAGAAACCUCGCUUCAUGUCAGCCUGCGCCCAGCUCAUCAUUGCCUUCCUCCUCAUACUGCUGCAGUUGGGCAUCAUUGUGGCCCUUUUCCUCAUGGAGCCACCAAAUGUGAUCAACGACUACCCUAGCAUCCGCCAGGUCAACCUUAUCUGCAACACCACUAACCUCGGAGUGGUAGCCCCCCUGGGAUACAAUGGCCUGCUGAUCCUGAGCUGUACCUUUUAUGCCUUCAAGACCCGCAAUGUCCCAGCUAAUUUCAACGAGGCCAAGUACAUUGCUUUUACCAUGUACACCACCUGCAUCAUCUGGUUGGCGUUUGUUCCCAUCUACUUUGGCUCCAACUAUAAAAUCAUCACCAUGUGCUUCAGUGUCAGCCUCAGUGCCACUGUGGCUCUGUGCUGCAUGUUUGUACCCAAGGUGUACAUCAUUCUGGCCAAGCCAGAGCGUAACGUGCGCAGUGCCUUCACCACCAGCACCGUGGUCCGGAUGCAUGUGGGAGAUGGGAAGUCAUCCUCCGCUGCUAGCCGCUCUUCCAGUCUGGUCAACCUGUUUAAGCGUAGAGGCUCUACUGGAGAGACCCUCAGCUCCAAUGGUAAAUCGGUGUCUUGGGCGCAGACAGAGCGCAGCAGUUCCCGAGGCAACCACCUAUGGCAGCGGCUGUCCUUCCACAUCAAGAAGAAAGAGAACAAUCAGACAGCGGUCAUUAAACCCUUCUCCAAAACCUCUGAGGAGCGGUACUCCGGGGGAUCCGACCUGCCUCCGCAUGUACCUCUGCCCUCCCUCUCUUCCAUGUCCUCCCUGCCCACUCAUCCUGACUACGGCACAGACAAGACUCUCUAUGAGCUCUCAGAAGCAGAAGAGCACUACUCAAUCACCUAUCGGCCGCAGACGCCGUCGCCGAUCAGUACCGUCAGCCAGAGGAUAGGAGCCAGUUUGGGGGAGGAGUCCCAGGUAGCCUGCAUUUCUAAGUACUCCAGCAGCGUCUGCAGCGGCGGCAGCAGCAGCAGCUGCGGGCCUCCAAGCAGUGGCUCCGUUGCCGGUGGGAGUGAUGGGCGUCUGGUGGCCGUGGACAACCGUCCACCGCCGCGCCAGAAUUCGCUGAUGGACCAGAUCAGCUGCGUGGUGAACCGCUUCACCGCCAACAUUUCUGAGCUCAACAGCAUGAUGCUCUCCACCUCGCCAACGCACACGCACAAACACACUCCCCCUGCCGCUCAUCCCCCUGAUCCCUACCUGCUACCCCGGGAGAUCCCGAUGCCCCCGACCCUCACCACUUAUGCUGACGUCCAGCCCCUUCCCCACAUUGAGCCCAGUCUGGGCAACCGGGGCGGCUGUCCGGUUCACUCCAUUCCUCGCUCGCCCUACCCACUUCAGCCUCUGCCUCAUCCCCACACGUCCCCGUCGCUCUCCCCCAUAAGAGGAAGCCUAGUCGCCUGCAUCCCCGACUCCCCACUCAGGAGGGUUGAGCUGGAAGAGGAGCUCAUUGCUCUUACUCCUCCUUCUCCCUUCCGUGACUCUUUGGGAUCCAGCAGUGGCUCCCAGAUCUCAGAGACUGGUUUGUUUGUCCCUCCUGUCCCCAACCACCCACCCCCUUCUCCUCCCUCACCUAGGUACACCAGACUGACUCUCAGAAACUACAGUCAGAGUUCCUCCUCACUGUGAGGGAGAGGCGAUAAUCUGGAUAAAGUAGAUCAAGCAGAACCGUUUGAUCACCGUUUGGAGUCAAAACCCGAGGAGACGUCAUCAUCGAGGGCUGGUUGGUGAAGACACCAAGCUGUGUUUGUGUUUACAUGUUUACAGUGAGAUGCGUGUUCUAGAGGAUGUCGUAUCUUCUCUCCGUCUUUAUUGGGUGAGAAUUGAAAACGGCCGCUCUGACUCGGAUGUGUUUCAGUAACAGCAGAAACUCUUCCUGGAGGUUCUCUGUCAUUUCGAUUGGGCUAGUGGCCGUAAGGUAACUUGGCUUACAACUAAUUACAGAUUCUGUGUGUGCGCUUCAAUGGGCCUGAGUGUGUUUUUGCUCUAACUUAGAGAAGGAGAGGUGACAGGAAUACGGCAGCAGAGAGUGCCUGUAAGAACUACAAAGGGACAAAGGGCACAAACCGAAAUAUAUUUGCUAACACAAAUCACAAAAGUGUGAGGACACGAUUAUAAAUAAAGCGUGUGAGGAAUAGCAGUGGAUUUAUAGGACACAUGAAUUUUGUCUUCAGUGAUAAAAUCCAACUAGUGUCUAAUGAAAGUGCAUUGUGUGAACAGUGUUAACAUUCUAAAACAGUGUUAAUCUAGAACAUUUUGUUCCAAAAGCUUAGUUUAUUUUGUUCAGCUUUCAUGACAUCAGUGUGUUUUUAUAUUUUCUACUCUUCCAGUAAGUCUGAAUGUAUAUUUUCUACAUUAUUCCUGAGGCAGUUGGGACCAAAUCUUUUGUAGCUCUACGCCUGCAACUUGAGACAGGGAGAACGAAGGAGGUGUGGCGAGACCAGGCCUCGUUUUUCCUGUGAACAUUUCCAGUAUUUAGCUCUCACUCAGGUGGAUCAUUGGGAAGGAUCUGUCCUUGAAGCUUUUCUGCUAAUAUGUGGCAUUCAAAAAUACAUUCUAAAAGGCUUAGCUGGAGUCCAGUUAUGACAUUUUCCAGAUACAAUAAGCCAGUAGGUGGCAGUAACCUGUUUAAUCUAAAACAGUGCUUUAGAUUGAAUUAGAAUAAAAGUCAUUAACAUUUGCAGUGGAGUACAAAUUGACGGUUUAGCUGGCGGUUUCAGUCUUAUAAAAGGUCAUUUGUUGAACAACCUUUUAAAUUUUAAAAGACAAAUUAUGCAUUUUUCCAUUUAUCCAUUGAAAUGAUAUAUUUUAUCACAAGUUCAAUAAAAAGCAGUGAAAAAUGACUGGCAUGGGCAAAUGUUCACAAUCAAGAGUAAAAACACUGACAUGAAUAUCAUCUGAAACCAUGAUAUAUAUUUUCUUUUUGGGGGGAGAAACAGCUAUCUUGCUGAAAGUGAGGGAGAGUUAAGGCUCGGUUGCCAUUUGGACAUAGAUUUGCUCAUUUGGUUCGGCUCUAAUUGUUAUUAACUGUAUAAGUUGCGAGUUUAUUUAUUGACAUUUUAUUUGCUCUGACACAAAACGCUAUGUUCACAAAUGGAUAUUUGGAAACACAAUGUCCGAUUUUGCUUCUUUGGGAAAAUGCUUUUUGUUUUGUUUUUUUCUCCAACGGGGAACUCAAAACAAACAAACAAAAACUUCUGACUACCAGUAGUUAACACUUUAUGAGUUUUCAAAGCCAAGUUUAGUCUGUGAUUCUGACCCCUACAACAUGGGUAACAAUUGCAACCUUGAGUAAAUACUUAUUUAUUUGUCCAUCAAAGUUUCAUCAGUUGUAAAAGAAAUGUAUUGUUCAGUCGUUUGUAUUAAUUAAUAGCAUAACAAUACGUGAUAUUACUGUGAAAUCACUUGAAUAAAUCAGAACUAAAGGAAUAAUUAGACAACCCUAACCGUAACGUUCACAUUACUACUUUAAACCAUAGUUUUUUUUGUUCGAGCUUUUCAUCAUACCAGCCCAUUCCUAAUCAUAUACCAAUACGAAAUUUAGACGAUUUGUUUUCAGUCUUCUGACGACCCCUCCAGUCAUCACACAGUAUUCUGUGUAUAUCAGCUGCUGUUCUCUCUCUUGCUCUGUCAGGGAACCUCUUCAGAUGUUGAGUGGAACAUAAAUUAAUAGGUUGUAGUUGUAAUCCCUUUGACUUACAGCUUAAAUUCUGUUUCAGUCGAUUGUGCCUAAAGAAUGUGCGGGUUUCUUUGUGAGUUAAUUGAAUUUACCGACAAAGAUAACAUUGAAAAAACUUGGCCCAGUUUGCUUAUGAAGUUCUUCAAAAUAAAAGUUAUCUUCUUGCAGCAUUUUUCAGCGGACAGUAAGUACCUUCCGAAUUUCUGUCUGGUAAAUACAUGAGGACAUUUUCAGGAUGCUUAUAUUGAGGGAACAUAGAUCCGAGUAGUGUAAUUAUUAUCAUCUCACUCUCAGCGAAAAAGCAAAUCUCUUCUCUUACAUUCAGAUUUUAUGUCAGUUGCUUUCAACUCAGGCCUGGUCCUGUGUGAUACAUCCUGAAGAGUUAACUGUCUCAUAAUCGGACACAUUUUUGUAGAUGUCUGAGCAAACUGGCUUUGUAGAGAACUGGGGAUGCCUUUAAAGCGAAUGUAUUUACAUGUGCCAACGCUUGCUUUCUGGGUUGCAGCAGAAGAGAUGUGCAGCUGAAUGCAUUCCACACAACCCCUCUGAGAGACGAGGCCUUUGCUUGUUUCAGCGUCAACAAAAAAAAAAAAAAAAACACAAUACCAAACAUCCAUCGGUUCAGAUGCACAAUACAUGCAUUUUUACCUUAGUUCGGUUAACUGCGUUAUGUAUGACUCAAUUUAAAAGAAAUUUCAAAGCAAUUCUCAAAACAAAAAUAAGUGCUUCAAAGUCUUUCCUGUGACAUAUCGUCCACUACCGUCUCCAUGUAUUUUCUGCACCAUGUGCAUUCGUCUGCCGCGAGGGAGAAGCUGUCUGAUGUUUGCUUAACAUUUGCGCUCCACUGUAGCCGGCAAGAACAAACUCAGACAAAGUGAUCUUGUAAAUAACAAGGGCAUGCAAAGACAGACCUGUUUUGUUUAAAUUAAUUGAAUCGAGAUGAAAGACAAUUUAUUUACAUAUCAACCAAUGUUAAAAAAGAGAAAAAAAUCUGAUGCUUUUAAGCUGUUAUACAGUACAAAUAUGUGUUACGACUAGAGAAACUGUGUUCCUAUGCUGAAUGUGUGAGUGACAAAUCAUAUUCAAAUGUCUCGUAAUUGAACAAUAUUAUGAUACUUGCUAUUAAUAUGAUUAUUGUGCCAAAGGGGUAAGAGGUGUCUAGUUUACUAGAUUGUGGGUUAAAAUGUGUGGUUUCAUAAAAAAAAUGUAAAAAAAAAAGUAAAUUGUUUCUAUUGUUUUGGAUACAUUUUAGAUAAAUAUUUCAUAUUUUUCCGUGUAGAAGCAAUAUUAUCUAUAUGUAUACAAAGUCCACACCUGAGGUUUUAUAAAUCAUCCAAAAUUGCCACUCUUAUUACAAGCCCUCUUUGGAUAACUCUGUAAGGAUAGAGGAUUGAUAGCUUGAAACUUUGCUUUGCUUUGUAUUGAAUCUGUAUUUGUUGAAAUUCAUUAUUUUCUUACUCUUUGUUUAUACUUCAACCACAUUUUUACUGUUCAUCCCUGGCUGUAAUCAUCUUUAAUUGAAUGAAUAGAAUUUAAAAUUAUACUGUUUUUUUUUUGUUUUGUUUUUUACUUUUGUUUUUUUUUAUUUCAUAUUAUUUUUAAAGCAUGCAGGCAAUGCAAGUACAUUGCUAUCCAAUCAAUAGCUGUACAUUUGAAGUGAAGGUUUUUACUCAGAUGUGAAAAAUUGUUCUUAAGAAACAGGAAAAUACAAGUCUGGAGAAGAAUUAACCUUUUAGAUAGAAAUUGUGUAGGAAUUCUGCACCUGCAUUGAUGUCAAACCGAUCUGGAGAAAAUGGUUUGCUUGCUGCUGUCAGAUUGGGUUCACAAACAAACAAAAAGCUUACUGUAGCACUUCUGCUGCGUGUAGGAGCCUCCUGGGUGAAGCGCAGCCUCUGCAGAAAGCUAAGAUGUAUCUCACUCUCUGGCAACUUGGUUUAAUUUAUUGUCUCUUUCAUACAGACUGCUUAAAAAUGGUGAUUAUCGAGCAAAUUAAUUCUGCGCUCAUGAUAAAGUCAUAAGUCUAAACGGUUUUUUAAUUUUUGUUUUUCCUCUCAAAAUGUUGUUUUCUAACUCACUUUCAUAAAUACACUCUAAUAAAUUGAACACAUAAUCCCUGAGCUUUAACAUUUCUUUAAUCCGGACAUACUCCGUCUGUUUAGUUGGUGAAAAAAAUAGAUUCAGAUAUUUUGAAGCCCUUUUCUGAACAUUUAAAACCAUUUCAGUGGUUAUCAAAACAUCUUUCCUGUCUCACGCUAAAAAGUCAGCCGAUCCUGAUGUCAUGCCCUUUGCCUCCCCCCAGCAUCAUUUCAACAAGGUUUAGGCUUUUAGGUUUAUUUGAUGAUAUGGUGAUGACAGAGGUUUUGUCACGAAGAGAGGAUCUUGUUGAAUUGCUGUUGCAUAAAACAUGAGACUUUUUGUAAGGUCUGACACUAGUGCACUUAACGAUUAUGACUUCUCCACAAAGGAGAAACAAACAUAUGAUUAAACCAAAUUUCAUAAAGAUCAAUGAUGGAAUUUGUAGUUUUAAAGUGUUUUUGUUUCUUUUUUGCUUGAUCUGCAAGCCAUCAGUUGUUCAUCAUGCGUAUCAAGUCUGCUAUCUUUUCUCGCUGUUAACCAUUUUAAAACACGACCUUUGAAAAGCCAGCAAAACAUUAUGGAAGCAGUUGCAUUGGAAGAAGUGAGCUUGUAUUUAUACAUAUGUUUUCAAUGUAGGAGUCUGAAGUUUGUGUCUAGGUUAAACUUAGAUGAUUGCAUUCCAAAUCUAGUCAGGAUUUUUUUUUUUAAUAAAAAUAUUUUCUAAAGUAAAUUGUUGACUGCUUAAAAAAGAAAAGAUUUUUUUUGUUUGUUUGUUUGUUUCAGCUGUUGCCAGAGUCAGCCCUCAUUUUAACAAGGCCCACAGUGAAUGGUUUUCUUUAGGGCCCCAGCAACAAUCUCAAGUGUCCCUUAAGCCAAAAAGCACUGAAAGCAUUAAAUAAAAGUUUAAUACAUUUCAAACUGUGCUUCGGAGACUCAAUGUGAAGUGUGUCCAGCGCAGGUUUGACUCCGACGCGCCUUGAGGACUCCUGCUUUAGAACAGUAAUGCCCUGCUUGCUUAUUAUUUUUCAGAAUAAAUAUAUUUGCAUUUAUUGCCCAGACACCACUUAGACAUCUGGUUGUGCACUUUGUCAGGACACACCCGGAGAGACUUGUUUUGAAUGUUCCAUUAAAUACUGUCAUGUAAUUAUGAUAAUGAACAUUCUUAUGAGGGUAAUUCGGUCAUUAUAUUGUUAUUGUUUGUGUUAGACUGUUAUUGUUGAUUAAUGCAGAUCAACCCGAUGAUAUUCUCAUUUUCUCAAAUUUACUGUGGGUUUUGUUUAUGUUCUCUACACACAAAACAUAAAUGAAAAAAAGUCCUAUUUUUAAAGCACAUCACAAAGUGCACAAACAUUUGGAAAAUAAUUCACAGGACUACAGGUGCAGCAAAUAAAUUGGAAUGUUAUUGAAAUGCUAUUCAAAAAAUAACACUCAUAAAUUAGCUGGAUUAUUCACAUACACAAUAUUAAAACUUAAUUAUGUUCCACAUAUUAAUCUAAAAUAACUUUUCAAUAAUAUUCCAAUUUUCCAAACUUGCAAAUCAACAAAUCAGAUUUUAAUAUCACCAUAAGAAAAAUACUGGUUUCAAGGCACUUUCACUGUAAAGUUGUACUCUAAAAUACAUUAUGAGAUACACAUAAACGUCCAGAAUGUUGCUUUGUUUGUAGUCUGUGGAUGAAGUUGCUGCAUUUAGUAAGAAUAAAGAAACCCAAAGCCUUGAGGGUGGCGAGAGGCAUCUUACAAACCACUAAAAAGUAUUUUUGUAUGUGUGUCUAAAGCUGCUAAUUUAUUUAAGUGCUAAUUUUGUUCCAGCAAAGCAAACGUUUAUUAUGAUGUACAAUGGAAAUGAUGAAGCGCAUAAAGAAAAGAACAAGCAGUUUAGCCUGUGUGGUAUAUUAGGAACAAGAAAGGAAGCUAUAUUUAUUAAUUUAUCUUCAACAUAUGUAAGAAAGUGAUAUGUUAUUUAAUGAGCUUCUGUUGAGUUAUUUUGUGAGAUUAUAUAGCAGAUGGUUGCAGAAUUAUGUCAAAAUGGUGUGUGUAUGGUUUAUAAAAUUUGCCUUUUAUUAUUUUUUCUUCCCAUUUAAAUGGAAAAGUAAACCUUAACAUUAAAGAAACACCAGUUUGGCUGUUGUACAUUCCUCACACACAGAUGCUCUGCUGAAGAUUAAUGCCAUGGAAAAGAUAUGAAUGAAAAAUCCUCAUUAAUAUCCCUGAUCAGAGUCUUUUAAAUAGCAGAGUAUUAGCUAAAUAAAUAAAAUAACGUUGCCUGUAGAAGGAAUGCUUAUCCUCUCGCUGCUCCUCUGAGAUAAUCGAAACUGUCCACUUUCAUUACCGACUUCAGCUACAGCGAGAUUGUACACACUUAUGAGCAAAUGUGCUUGUUUACUUCUUCUUUUUUUUCCAGUGCAGAUGACCUGAGCACAAAAUCAAAUUCCAGUCACAACAGCAGCUCAUCAACAUAUAAAUUACCGCCGAAUGCUGUGUUCCAAUCUGUUUGCAGCUCAGAUUUAUCUUCAAAAACCUAAUUGAACCAACGCUCAUCAGAGUGGCAGUACUCAGGCUUUCAUUUGAUCAAAGGAAAGUGAUGAUGAGUUAUCAUAAACUUAUUGAGAGAGAAUUGGAAUGAGUUAAAUUCUCUCUGCUAAGUGGGCUGGAUUUAUUAGUCUGUGUUACUAAGGAUUUUAUUUGAAAGUACUUAAUUCACUCCAGACAGAAAAUGGUUGCUGCAGAAUUUUUAUUUAUUUUUUCUUUUACGAUAAAUGUCUUUCAUUUAAGGCUUUCCUCUGACUCUGCUGGUGUUCCAUUAAUGCAGUUUUAUCAUCAGUGCCUCUCUUCAGUGAAGCCUUUAAAGUGCUAUGUUUUUAUGUAAGCAGUAACCAGAGAAUUAAUUAAACUCCCAAUUACAUAUAAAGAGGACAGUGAGAAAUUAGAAAAAAUCUUGUGCAAAUUGUAUUACAAUUCCAAAAUCCUUAAAAUGUUACAAGUUAGCUCAUAUUACUCGUUUUUCUAGGGACAUGAGAGAUUAUUUAAUCAUUUAUAUUCUCUUUCUUUUUAUCUUAUUUUCUCCUUAAUAGCUGUGCAAUAUAAUUUGGUCUCAUACAUGCUUAUUUGUGUAAAAAAUUCACAUACCUUUGAACAUUUUCAAAUCUUGUAAUUUCUUAUGAUUAAAUUACACACAGGUAUUCUCUGCUUACUAAUGAAACAAGUUUUUAAGGCAGUUACUUGGGCUGGAUUUUACUCAGUGAUAUCAGAUUAAGACUAAAUACAAAUGUUUGUCACACCUAUCAGUUUUUCAAUUUUAUUUAUUUUGAAAUUUAUUUACUUUCCCUUCGACAACACCAUUGUGCUGUCCUUUCUGCUGUUCUGUCUCAUAAGAUAACAUACAUUAAUGUUUAAGACAUAAGAAAAUGUGGGGAAAAACCAAUGGGUGUGAACAGUUAUGCAAGGCACUAAAUGUUGCAUCCUCUCUGCUCUGCUUCAGCCAUCAUCUAAUCUGCUCUUUUCUCACGAGUAGCUCUGUGCUAAAAAUAUAGAGUUAGAAUCUAUGAGGAUCAGAAGCCUGUGCAAAAUUAAACUUGGUGAACCAGAAAAAGCAUUAAAAUGUUGUAGUGGAAGGACAAGUAAAUUCAGUCUUGUGUGGGGCACUUUUUGCUCACAGUGUGCUGCUUUUGUAGUGUGGCACUAACAAAAGUCACCGCAGUUUGACUCCCCACAGUCCGACACCCCCCCCGCUGGGCAGUAAAAGACAGCCGACUUGAAAUGGAAGAAAGCUCAGAGAAACCUCUGUAUUUUUAACAAACAACUGUGAAAACUAUGGUUACCGUUUUCUUUUACCUCUUCUUGUGUGACCAGUAUGGAGCGGUCCUGGGGAAAAGAACUGGGAUGUGGCUUUUUGUGGUGGGGAGAGUAAAAUUAAUGUCCGGCCUUUUAGAUUUAUUUUUGUUGCCACUGAUGAUCAUUGUGUAAGUGAACAACAAAGUACAUUUGAAUUAAUAUUAUUAUUGUUAUUAAAAAAAAAUCUAUGUUUGA